AUGAGCGCCUCAUCAAAAGAUAACACGCUUCUCGAUCGCGGUGUGGCUUCAAACAGUAAUACGCUUACAAACGAACGUUCGUACCACUCGGUUGAUGACGACGAUUUUGAGUUGAUAUCUAAUGAUCAUGACUCAUCCAAUGCGAACUCGUCGUCAAUCCAACGUGCAGAGGGCAGCAGAAAUGGAGGCAGCGUUCCUGGCGUACCACUCACAAUGAGUAACAUUAGCAUUGUGCCAAGCAUGCAAUCGUCUGCAGUGAUCGAUUCGAGUACUGCCUCGGCUAGCUAUGGAGGUUCCGCUCGUCGAGACAGCGCUUCAUCUACACCGUUGUUGGCGCAAAGUAUGGUGAACUGUCUGCUUACAGGAACAUCGCCGUCGGCAACUCUUUCUUCCGGUGCAAAUCGUUCUGCAAGUUCAAGUGCACUCAACACAAAUGGCUCGACAUCGCAACGAGGACAAAAUUCGUUGGAUCCAAACGAUUUGUCAAGUGAAAUUUUCGUUAUUGACCCGCUGAGUGCAGUUGAGUCGAUCCGUGCUGACUACAAUGCUGCUCAGGAUACAAUGAAAAAAGAAAGUGAGCUACUCAAAAAAACUCUCAUCAAAAAAUGCGAAGAGAAUAAUUCGUUGAGUGCUCGCGUUCGAGAAUUAGAGCAUGAAAAGGAACGUAUGCAGAAUGAAAUGAUCGAAAAGGAUUGCAAAACUAGGGAAAUGAGUGAGCAGAUCGACGGUCUUAUCGCCCAAAAACUUCAGUACGAUGACAUCAUUCGUGAACAAAGCAUUGCAUUGACGAAUACUGCAUUUAACGAUGGUAGCAGUAACUUUGCGUCGGAUAUUGCUGCGCAUCAGCAGUUGAUUCACCAAGGAAAAAUGCAGUCGGAUCUUAUUGAUGAGUUGACUGCGAGACUAGAAGAAAUGAAAAAGCAAUAUGCAGAUGAGCACGCGAAGGUGAUUGAUCUGGAGGAAAUUGUGAAGGUACUGCACGAAGAGAACCAAGAGUGUAACGAGAAAUGCCGUCGUGUAUACGAGAGUUAUAAGAAGCGAGUGCUCUCUCUUCAAAGUAAAAUCGACGGUUUUGCAUCACGUGGUGAGGUGAAUAACGUCUGA